GAACAAGGGAGACAGCCCUAACGGAGCAGUGGGAGGACUAUCCCAUGCCAGGACUUGUGGCGGCUGCAGCGGCAGCCCGGACUGGAGGAAGUGUGCUGGGGGGCUGAGCAGCAGAAGCAGCAGCAGUUCAGGAACCGAGCAAAAGCUUCCAUUUUAUCACCAGCAGCCACAGAAAAGGCCGAGCAGAGCACCGGGUCCAGCUGAGAGCACAUUCCAGCAGAGGAAAAUGAGCCUCUCAGCCUGCACUAAGCCUGUAUGACGGGAUGAGGGCUCUUUGAUCAGGACUUUACCCCACUCUUUCUCUUUCUGCAGCUCGGACUGACAAAGGGACACAGAGGAGAAAAAAGAAGAAGAAUCAAAGUUCUCGCUUUCAGUCUGAAAAGGAAGACCCAAGAUUCAGCAUGGAGGAGGGAUAUGAACUUGACCUGACGUACAUCACAGAACGUAUCAUCGCCGUGUCCUUCCCCCGGGGUUGCACAGAGGAGAUUUACUCUCACAACCUGAAGGAUGUCACGCGAAUGCUCAAGUCCAAGCAUGCCGAUAAUUACCUGAUUAUCAACCUGUCAGAGAAAAGACAUGAUCUCACUAAAAUGAACCCAAAGACUUUAGAUACAGGCUGGCCGGACAUGCACGCUCCACCUCUGGAUAAGAUCUGCACCAUCUGUAAGGCCAUGGAGAGCUGGCUCAAUGCUGACCCCCUUCAUGUGGUGGUUAUACACUGCAGGGGCGGCAAGGGUCGAAUCGGUGUAGUCAUCUCAUCCUUUGUGCAUUUCACUGACGUGUCAGCCAGUGCUGAUCAGGCGUUGGACCGCUUUGCGAUGAGGAAAUACUACGAUGAUAAGGUCUCAGCUCUGAUGACACCCUCGCAGAAACGAUAUGUUUGGAUCCUCAACAGUCUUCUGAGUGGAUCCAUGAAGAUCAAUGCCUCACCCUUGUUCCUGCACUGCGUCAUCCUUCACGGGAUCCCAAACUUCGACGCCACAGGAGUGUGUCGUCCGUACAUCAAGGUUUACCAGGGAAUGCAAGCAGUGUAUUCAUCUGGAAUCUAUCACAUUGGGCCAGGCCACAGAGACCGUGUAUGCAUCACCCUGGAGCCUGCCCAGCUUCUAAAAGGAGACAUUAUGAUUAAAUGCUAUCACAACAGUGACGUAACUUCAGAACGUGAAGUUAUUUUCCGGAUGCAGUUCCACACGGGAGCAGUGCAGGGCUACAACCUGAUGUUUGAAAAAGAAGACAUGGAGACUGCCAACAAAGAUCCCAGAUUUGCAGAUUAUGGUAAAGUGGAGCUGGUGUUCUCCGAGGGACCAGAGAAGAUCCCAGGUGCCGACAGGUGGCAGAAUGGGGCGGAUGUUAUUGUGGACUACAACACAGCAGAUCCUCUAAUCCGCUGGGACUCCUACCAGAACAUCUGUGAUGGUGAAGCGCCAAGAUCUCAAGGCCUAAUCCAGGACAAAGCGGCGAACAAGAGGAGCCCCAGCGGGGGAGAGGCGACGCUGGGCAGAGGGGCCCGCACGACCUCCGCCACCUCCAGCCCUGACCACAGCGACCACGCCCUCUCUGUCAGCAGCGACUCAGGCCUGUCUAGCACUUCUCUGUGGACAGACAGACCCACACCUAUACCUGUCACCAACACCACCACCACCACUACCACCACCACCAGCAACACCAAUACCAUCAGGCCUAACCACGGCCCCAGCCAGCAGGAAAAGGUCCAGCUGAAGCGCCUUUUAAGUGGCUUUGGUCUUGAGGAGCCCUCACUGGGGGAGAUGGGUGAUCAAGGCCCCAGAGUGGUCAUCCAGCAGAUAGUCCCAGCGCAGGUGCACAUUAACGGAGACACCAGACCCCGAGAGAGGGAAACGGACAUCCUGGACGACGAGGUCAUUACAGGUCAUGAUCUGCACAGUGUGGACAGUUUAGGGACUUUGUCGUCCUCCUGCCACAAGAGCAGCCAGAACUCCCUGCUGUCCGAUGGCUUUGGGAGUCCUGGAGGAGAGGAGCAGCAAAGCCAAAUCCAGCACCACCUCCACCACCCUGCACCCCCUCCUAUGGAGGAGUAUGAGAGAGCCUAUGCUGAGACUAGAAGGGGCUGUCUGAGCUCCAGGAGCAACUCUGUGGCCACCGCUAAUCCCAGCAGCGCUCCUAUGCCCAAGCAGCACGUCUACAGACAGGGAAGCUAUUCCACACAGUCCUGGGUACGCCAGCAGCAGAUGGUUGCUGCACAACAGUUUAUCUACAUGCCAGAGGAUGGAAACGAUACUGAAAGAUAUCAAGGGAACAAGCAAGGGAGCAGUUCACCCAAAGCAGGCCUGCCCACUGAACCACAGGGCCCUACCAGGGACAUGACGACAGAUGCUCUGAGAAACACAGCGCCACACAAGGAGCAGGCAACUAUAAACAAUAACAACAACAUCAAACGUGACGAGGAGUUCAAAUCUCUAACGAUGGACAUUGACAACUCCAUCGACCAGCUCAACCAGCUGAUCAUGGACCUGGAUCCCACAUUUAUGCUGGUUUCGAGCCACGGCAGUUCCAUAAAGAGGAACGGCGAGACGCACACGAACGGCUCAGUGUCCAAAUGCUCGAACGGCGUCAAUCUCAGACUCAACGAUAGUAACGCCGCAACCCUGAAAAACACACAGCAAACAGCUGUCCAGUCCAGUGAGGGGCGGGUGGGCGUCAUGCGGAGUCUGAGUCGCCAAGGAAGUGAUGUCACAGAUCUCCCAGGCUUCUGUAAAUCAGGGUGGGCUGGGACAGAGGAGUACAGGGGCCAGCGGACGUACUCCCCCUGUGUGCCACAGUCCCAGCACCCCCUGUUGUUCAGGACCGACAGUGCCGACUACAGGGCACAGGGCCCAGACAUGGACAGCGGGGUGGAGGCUGGAAGUGACAUGACUCCACCCACUCCCGCCUUUCCCAUCUCUCCGCCAACACCUUAUGUGAAAAGUAUGUCUGAAUUGACCCACCUCAGACAAACACCUUCUCCUAGCAUGCAGUCUUAUGGAGGCUACAGAACAGACCAUGAACCCCGGGGAUAUCCUGAGAUGAUCAGUCAUGUUAAAGUGGACAGUUUACCAGACUCCUCCACCAACUGCCACAGGACACUAAGUGCUACACACUCUGCCUCUAUUGUUGGGACCACCCUUCAGUGGCCAGACAGUUCAUCCACGAACCAGUCCUGGCCGGAUCAUCCCGUCCUGAGCCGCCACUCGUCUCUGAGCAGCUACCCCUCUAACAGACAACCACCGCCGCACGCCAUGUCACUAGACUAUAGCCACCACUCUCCUCCCCUGCACCACCCCCACAUCCACCCUGCCCCCAACGCCCACAGCUCUCCCCGGAGCAUCCAACGAAGCUGUAUGGCUCGAUACGCUCUCAGCCGCAGUCCAGCUCAAAGCUUCGAAGAGCAGGAUGGCUUGGGUCUCGGCUAUGGCACGGACUGUCCAAACACCGCCUCUAAUCUGCUGGGAAAUGGAGGCAUUGACAGGGAACUUUUGACCUCCAUUGAUGGGCAGAAUCAGUUACAGCUGACCCAGAUGCAUCCGCCGCUUCUGCCUGAGAAGAAGAGGGCGUCAGAUGGAGAGCAUUCGUUGGGAAGAGCUUCUCCAGCCCUUAGUGGGUUCUCGAGUCCCCACAGUGGGAGCUCCCUGAGUAUUCCCUUCCCCAACGUUUUGCCUGACCUUUCGGCUCAGACGCUGGCCGCAGCCUCGCCUCUGCCAGAUGUACUGGCCAUCAAGCAGGUUACUGUAAAAUUUGUGCAGGACACAUCAAAAUUCUGGUACAAGCCAGAUAUCUCAAGGGAUCAAGCCAUUUCAGUCUUGAAGGACAAGGAGCCUGGUUGCUUCAUUGUGCGGGACAGCCAUUCCUUCAGAGGGGCGUAUGGACUGGCUAUGAAGGUGGCUACUCCCCCACCCUCAGUUCUCCAACAGACCAAGAAAGGAGGCGAUCUCUCCAAUGAAUUAGUACGCCACUUCCUGAUUGAGUGUACACAGAAAGGAGUGCGGUUGAAGGGUUGCCCCAAUGAGCCCUAUUUUGGAAGUUUAACUGCGCUGGUCUGUCAACAUUCAAUCACCCCCUUGGCCCUGCCCUGCAAACUUAUCAUACCCGACAGAGAUCCUCUUGAAGAUGUUCUGGAGACUACCUCACAAUCGGUCACCAACUCUGCGGCCGAACUGCUAAAACAGGGUGCAGCCUGUAAUGUGUGGUACCUGGGCUCCGUGGAGAUGGAGUCACUAACAGGCGUCCAGGCGGUGCAGAAAGCCACCAGUAUGUCUCUGAGCUCCAACCCUCCACCAACCUCCACUGUAGUUCACUUCAAGGUGUCCUCCCAGGGUAUCACCCUCACUGACAACCAGAGGAAGCUGUUUUUCAGGAGGCAUUACAAUGUCAAUACGGUCAUAUUUUGUGCAUUAGACCCUCAAGAUAGAAAGUGGAAAAAAGAUGGCUGUCCUUCAGCAAAGGUCUUUGGCUUUGUGGCGAGGAAAUCUGGCACUUCCAUGGACAAUGUAUGUCACCUGUUUGCAGAGCAUGACCCGGAGCAGCCAGCAAGUGCCAUUGUCAACUUUGUUUCCAAGGUGAUGAUUGGCUCGCAGAAGAGUAAGUAGGCCGGCCUCGGACUGAGCUCAUCACCUGGACAGACUUUUCCUAAGAGUAGAAACAAGAAAUAAAGACUGAAAGGCUGAAAAAAAAGGACAGAAUGUACAGGACUGAAGAUGGCGACGUUAACCCUGGAUAUUAACUGGAUAUUACGUACAUAUUGAUCACUUGCCAGCAUAGGACAUCUAAUUACAUCUUUCGAAAAAAAUAUAUAAAUACCUUCUAUGCUGUUAUUUUUCCUUCCUGUAAAAUAAACUGUAAAGUAGCCAAGUAAGAAAACAACAAAAUCAUAAGAAAUGUGUAUCCAUUACAACUGUAAUAUCUUAUACAGUAAGAUGUAUUUUCUUAACAUAUUUUAAGUACAUAACAAACGUAACAUAACGGCUGCUUUUUGUUAUUUUGUUCGUAGCAUUUUUAUGGACAAAUCAAGAAAACCAUACCUCGUUGCAUGUAAUUUCUUUCUAAUAUUUAACCAAAAAAAACUUAAUUUAAGCUAUUAACAUUCUGUAAAGUUGUAGCCAAUGUAGAAGCACCUCUAUGCUGCAUCUGUCCAGCAUGCAGUAUUGUGUUGUGGAUUUUAAAAUGUGGAAAAGCAGUGCAGCAAAUAUGUAUAAUUUGGAUUUUGGGACAGGCUACAUCUCAUAAAGGAUUAUACUAUUUUAUCUAUGCAAUGUACAUUUUAUUUUUUUUAAACCACAGCCUUCUGUACAUGCGCAGCAUGUAUGUGGCUUCUCUAAAUCUGUUCAGAUGUAUGUGAAUAUGACCACUUUUAAAGCUGCCAGUGACAUUUUAAUGAACGUGUGUUUGUGUUGAAAUGAGAGAAACCAUAGAAUAAUAUUUUAAUUAAUCCCUAAUAUAUAUUGAUUCGACAUGAGUUGGGUAAAAACACAUCAGUACUUUGCGCAGAAGAGGAUACAAGUGGCAUUCCCCUCACAGCCGCCAAAUAUGUUUCUCUAUUUCGCCCUCUUUUGGAGGCUCGUGGCCACUAAUGGCACUGCAGUGUUUCAGUAUCAAAAUUAUAUCGGUAUCCUCGAUUUUGUACAUUUAAUUUGAACUUUAAAAAAAAGACAUACUGAAAGCUGAUAUAUGGCGCAAACAAAUGCUGCAACUGUGUCAGUGUUUUACAAGUUCUUAGAAGAAAGAAAAACACUUUGUUGGAAUUGCACAUUAAGUUUAGGAUUUGACAUCUGUCACUGACAUACCUUGCUCUGGGAUCAAGGAAAAGCUUGGCUAAAGCUGUUCAUUAUCCCAGUCGAGUGCUUGUUACCAUUGUGAUGGGAUGAGUGAUGCUAUGAGAUGAUGACCAUAAAACCUUUUCCUUUCUAAUAUUUGUGUUGGGCAUUUUAUCAAGAGAGGGACCUACGGCCACACUACAGCUUUGUUGGUAUUCUUACAUUGAUUAUGUACACAUUUGUUAUUUUGUUAUCUAUUAUCUGUACCUCAUACUUAUCUCAUACAAUACUGUGCCUCUGUGUAUAACAUGCUACAUGUGAACGGUUUAUUUGUAUAUUGAUGAUGCAUUGUUUGAUGUGUUCUGUAAAUAAACAAAAUUAAACAUGUA